AUGUCAUCUUCCCCAACCCCUCCCUCCCGGCUGCCUUCUCCCGCUCCAACAUUCCUCUCAACAAGUGUAGAUUCUGCAACCACACCCCUACUCCACCCACUCCACCCUUACACCUUGCUCCACCUCAAUCCGGGACAGAGUCUGCCGUCCCAUCCUCAAAACGGACAUCAGUACAACUAUACUCUGAUACAGACUCUGUUGUCCAACCAACAUCCAUUCAACUUCAAUCCAGGACAGAGACUGUCGUCCCAUCCACAAAUCGGACGUCCAGUGAAGCGACAUCUGCCGCAGAGACUGCUGUCCAAUCCCACAAAACGGACGUCCAUUCUGUCCAAAGUGGGCCUCAAUGCUGCGCGGAUCUCAGUCUCUCGAAGCUCCGUAAACAAGAGCAAAUAUGUCGUGAAUGACAAGUCCCCUCUACUGACUGAAGACUGCCACACCGAGGGUAGUGUGAAGACUGACACAAUGGCUAUAGAUAGUAGCAACGAGUCUCCAGUGCUAAAACUCCCGUCAUCCACACAGCAGUUGCAAGAGCCUCACGCCAGCUCUUCGAAUGAGGAACCACUGGUCCCAACUACAGCUGAGAGCAAAUCUCUAAAACUUCCAGCUGCUUCAAUGAUGCCGAGAGGAGGUCCACCUGCAGAGAGUGAGACAGACGAGAGGAAAGAGCUCCAGCAGAGUGUGUCGCAGCUCUCUCUCACUCACAGCACACACGGGAAGACAAGGAGCGGAGUUGCCGGGAGACGAGGAACGAGAAUUCUCCGAGCAAACAAACCUCCAACAAUCCCAGUGGUCAAGGCAACAGAACAGAGAGCCAAGAGGGAAUCCCUGCCCAUUAAAACUGUCGACAGGACUCGCCAGUCCACCAUGCUGCCCAAGAGAAGACAGCAGCGAGAGAGACAGACUCUUGUCCCCUCUAAAGUCAUAGCAGGUGGUAGUCACGUGAAUGCCUCACCGUACCUUAAAACAACAGCAACCGGCAAAUUUGAAGCCAAGAAAAUUGUGUUCAAGAGGACGAAUCCGUCCAACCAGGUGCCAAAGUUUAAAUCUCCCUACCACGUUUCCAUGGCCAAGACCAACAAGACCAAGAAAUGAAAACAUUUUGUACUUUUCGUCCUGGGAAUUUUUUCUUUCUGCAUUUU